AUGGCUUCCUUCCCGCAAAAUAACAGAACAUUUCAAAUCCUUGACGAUGCGUCCAAGGGGGGCUACAGUGUUGGGGCUUAUAACUGUUAUAAUGAUGAUGGUGUGAUCGCUGUGAUCAGAGCGGCGGAGAAGUGCGGGUCGCCGGCCAUCAUUCAGAUAUUCCCCUGGACGAUCAAGUUUCAGGGGCCACACUUCGUCAGCUAUGUCGUAGGGGCAGCACACGCAGCCAGCGUUCCUAUAGCUGUUCAUUUGGACCACUGUAUUGAGCCAGAAGACAUUAAAAUUGCUCUUGAUUUACCUUUCGACUCAAUUAUGAUUGAUGCCUCUACUCUUGAGCCCGAGGAAAACAUAAGAAAGUGUAGGGAAAUUGUCCAGAUUGCCAAUGCGAAAGGUAUCGUCAUCGAAGCGGAAAUGGGCCGCAUUGAGGGGGGUGAAGACGGCUUACCGACAGUCGAUAUGGAUACAAUAUUAACCCAACCAGAUCUGGCAAAAGAAUUCGUGGAAAGAACGGGGGUUCAGUUCCUGGCACCUGCAUUUGGAAACAUACAUGGAAAAUAUGGCCCCGGUGGUCCAGAAGCUUCAUGGAGAUUUCCACUCUUAAUGGAUGUUCAUCGUGCUAUUCCGCAAAUACCUCUAGUGCUCCACGGGACCCAUGAGGUGUCAGAUGAGCUAUUUCGAGAGACCAGGAAAUAUGGCAUGUUAAAGGUCAAUUUAAAUCGGACAGUUCGGGAUGAAUACACGGAUUUCGUUGCUCAAAACGCUGGGAAACUAGAGCUAACCAUUCUUAAAAUGCGUGGGGUUGAGGUCUAUGCUCAAUCUAUCGAACGGGUUAUGAGAGAAGUUUUAGGGUCUGCUGGAAAAGUAUAA